CCUUCUCGCGCUCCCUUUUUUUUUUUUUUUACAGUUUGCUUCGCUGCUCUUACUGCACAUGUGCUAACAUCGCAAUGGCUGAAGAACUGUACACAAAACAACGAACUCUACAAAUGCGGAAGAGCUUUAUCGGGGCCUCCUGUAAAUUGUUUUAUUCAGAUGAUCCUGUGAAGAUAAUGAGGGCCAAAGGGCAGUACUUGUACGAUGAACAAGGAAGACGCUACUUGGAUUGCAUCAGUAAUGUCCACCAUGUUGGACACAGUCAUCCAGCUGUGGUUAAAGAGGCUUCACAACAGAUGGAAUUGCUGAACACCAAUGCACGGUUUCUGCAUGACAACAUUGUCCAGUAUGCACAAAGACUAUCUGAAACACUCCCUGGGAAGCUGAAUGUCUUUUACUUCUUAAACUCAGGUUCAGAAGCAAAUGAUCUUGCCCUCCGUUUGGCUCGUCAGUACACACAUCAUAAAGAUGUCAUUGUUUUGGAUCAUGCAUAUCAUGGGAACCUUACCUCACUAAUUGAUAUCAGCCCGUACAAAUUCAGAAAUCUUGAUGGUCAGAAAAAAUGGGUUCAUGUGGCCCCACUGCCUGACACUUAUAGAGGAAAAUAUCGAGAAGGUCACCAGAACGUGGCCCAGGCCUAUGCAGAUGAAGUGAAAUGUCUGAUAGAUAAUGCUGACAAGAAUGGCAGAAAGAUUGCAGCAUUUUUUGCUGAGUCUUUGCCAAGCGUUGGAGGGCAAAUCAUAUUGCCAACUGGUUACUUUCAAAGAGUAGCUGAGUAUGUGCGGGCUGCAGGAGGAGUCUUUGUGGCUGAUGAAGUACAAGUGGGGUUCGGAAGAGUUGGAAAACACUUUUGGGGUUUCCAGUUGCAAGGCGAAGAGUUUACCCCUGAUAUCGUCACGAUGGGCAAGCCCAUCGGAAAUGGACAUCCCAUUGCUUGUGUAGCAACGACGCAGGAAAUCGCCAGCGCAUUUAGUGCAACAGGAGUGGAGUUUUUUAAUACGUUUGGAGGCAACCCUGUGUCGUGUGCCAUUGGUUUGGCUGUGUUAGACGUCAUUGAAAACGAACAACUGCAGGAAAAUGCAACUAAAGUUGGCGACUUCUUCAUGAAACUAAUGAAUGACUUAAAAGAGAAGCAUCCAGUCAUCGGCGAUGUCAGGGGCUGUGGACUCUUUAUUGGCGUAGAUUUGAUUAAAGAUAAAGAAACCAGAGAUCCUGCCACCAAGGAGGCUGAAGAAGCAGUCAGAAGACUAAAAGACGACUUUAUAGUCAUGAGUACCGACGGGCCUGGCAGAAACGUGUUGAAGCUCAAGCCACCAAUGUGCUUCUCUAUGGAAGACGCCCAGUUAGUUGCUGAAAAAUUAGACCAAAUCUUCACAGACAUAAGCAACAAGAAAAGAUGAUGAACAUCAGGUCAGCAUUUUACAGCAAGGCUGUUACUGGGCCCACCAUCCAAGCUAAAGAUUGCCUUCAACAAUUUCUAUUGUCUCAACAUGGAUAUUGCUAAAUAAUUAAAAGUCUUCGUGAUAACGAACAUCUUUCAUAUUGUACACAUUAUAAAUCUUCAGUCCCAGCUGAAUACC